CGCGCUGUUCCCUCUGGGCCAAACGUCGUCCCCAUCUCCGGCGUACAGUACUGUACCAAAUCCCUCCGACGAGGACCACCGGCUCAUUGGCCCGCGGUUUAAUUACUGUGCAGCUUUUCGUCGCAACGGCUUCUUCAAUCCUCCAUUCUCGGACGAGCGCUUGCCCAAUUAGAAGGGGCUGAGAGCACUCCGGUCAACCAUCUCAUCGAAGCGCGUUGAUGCACGCCCUCGGCGGCUUCCUCAGGAGGAAACGGACGAGGGACGGCAAUCCGGGCCAUUCACCGCCAAGCAACCCGACGAGCCCCGUAACACCGACAGGAAGCAGCUCCGACCAGUCCUCCGUUCCCCGCGGCUCUCGCUCGAGCGCGGCGUCGCAGUCUACACACCGCUCGUCCGCGACUGCUACUCUCCAGAACAGGCCGGCCGAACCGGCGGCUGAGCAGCAGCAGCAGCAACAACAGCAGCAGCAACAACAGCCAAUGAAUACCCUCUCGCCGCAACCGCCCUACGCGGUGGCACAACACACACCCUCACCCGGUACCGACCCGCAAAACGUGCCGCGCAUCUCGAAUUUGAUCAAUCCGCCUCAGGCUGAAGGGGCGGCUGGCUAUCAGCAACACCAAGGAGGGCAAUAUGCGCAGUACACUUCGAACAAUGGCGGAACGGCGCCAACCCAGCCUCAAAAGCAACAUCAGCCGCAACAACAACAACCCCAGCAGCCCCAGCAGGCCCAGCAGCAGGCGCAAGUGGCAGUAGCAGCAACUCAGGGGGAGGUGCGGGUGACCAAGGGGAAAUACUCGCUGGCGGACUUUGAGCUGCUGAGGACGCUGGGUACGGGCAGCUUCGGCAGGGUGCACCUGGUGCAGUCGCGGCAUAACCACCGGUUUUACGCGAUCAAGGUGCUCAAGAAGGCGCAGGUGGUGAAGAUGAAGCAGAUUGAGCACACCAACGACGAGCGCAAAAUGCUGGGCGAGGUGAAGCACCCGUUCCUGAUCACGCUGUGGGGCACCUUCCAGGACCCCAGGAAUCUGUACAUGGUGAUGGAUUUCGUCGAGGGUGGCGAGCUGUUUUCGUUGCUGAGGAGGUCAGGGCGCUUCCCAAACCCCGUGGCCAAGUUCUACGCUGCCGAAGUCACUCUGGCGCUAGAGUACCUGCACUCGCGCAACAUCAUCUACCGCGACCUGAAGCCGGAGAACCUGCUGCUUGACCGGCACGGCCAUCUGAAGAUCACCGACUUCGGCUUCGCCAAGCGCGUACCAGACAAGACAUGGACGCUCUGCGGCACGCCCGACUAUCUCGCGCCCGAGGUUGUUUCCAACAAGGGCUACAACAAAUCAGUAGACUGGUGGUCCCUCGGCAUCCUCAUCUACGAGAUGCUCUGCGGGUACACGCCCUUCUGGGACAGCGGGUCGCCCAUGAAGAUCUACGAGAACAUCCUGCGCGGCAAGGUCAAGUACCCGGCCUACGUCAACCCGGACGCGCAGAACCUGCUCGAGCGGCUCAUCACGGCCGACCUCACCAAGCGGCUCGGCAACCUGUACGGCGGCUCGCAGGACGUCAAGAACCACCCCUGGUUCGCCGAGGUCACCUGGGACCGCCUCGCCCGCAGGGACAUCGACGCCCCCUACUCGCCCCCCGUGCGCGCCGGCGCGGGGGACGCCAGCCAGUUUGAUCGCUAUCCCGAGGAGACGGAGCAGUAUGGGCAGACGGGCGGGCAUGAUGAAUACGGGCAUAUGUUCCAAGACUUUUGAGACUGCUUGUCUGCUUCGAGUACUCACCUGUGGGGGUUUUAAACACACACGGCAAGGUUGGGUUAUGCCGGCUUUUGCAGAGCCCCCCAUUUCGAAGACCGCUCGAAGAGCUACCUGCUUGAAUUCUGUGUUGGAAACGAAUAAAAAAGGGGCGAACCCCCGGAG